AUGUCUGAUACAUUAAGUAGCAAACUAGACGAUGUCGAUGCGGAUGUUUUGCGCGGCGCGUAUGAGCCCGUAGCGAUUAUCGGAGAGGGAACUUAUGGUGUUGUCUUCCGUGCACGUGGGGUUGCGAGCGGGGCCGAGUUUGCGAUAAAGAAACUAAGAAGUGACAAGCUGAAGGAAGGCGUUCCUGCAACAACACUUCGAGAAGUGACGCUGCUGCACGAAAUGAGUGACAAUCCAAAUGUGGUGCGACUGCUCGAUGUUCUGUGCUCCAAGCGUCGUGUUUAUUUGGUGUUUGAGUUGCUUAACGAAGAUCUGAGGUCUUUUAUUCGCCGCAACUAUCCGCAACCACCCGCUACUGCCAGUAGCUCUGUUGUACCUUUGAGACUCGUGAAAAAUUUUACCUGUCAAAUGCUUCACGCCUUGUGGAGGUGCCACCAGAAUCGAAUCAUUCACAGGGACCUUAAACCUGCAAAUGUGCUUCUCGGGGUAAAGAAGUCAACGAGGAAUGACGGCGAGGAUUCGUACAUUUUGAAACUGGCGGACUUUGGGCUUGCGCGUACUUAUGAGAUGACAUUGUUGACGUAUACGAAAGAAGUAAUGACGUUGUGGUAUCGUGCACCAGAGAUUUUGCUUGGGGAGCGGCACUACACGCCAGCCGCAGAUGUGUGGUCGGUUGGUUGCAUUGUGUUGGAGAUGAUUGUUGGUUGUCCUGUUUUUAGAGGUGAGUCCAACCGGGACCAGUUAGAUAGGAUCUUCUACACUGUGGGAACACCGACGGAAGAGACAUGGGCUGGCGUAGCAAUGAUGCCAGGAUAUGACAAGGCAACGAAAAUAUAUAAGGUGGCGCCUCUCCAUGAGCGAUUGCCGACAUUCGAUAAGGAGGCAGUACAGUUUGUUGCAUUUCUUUUGCAAGUCAAUCCAAAAAGCCGUCCCACUAUUCCUACAAUUCUUCAACAUCCUUUUCUGCAAGGUGACUAG